AUGGCCGAGACCGAUGAGAAACAGCGGCUAAAAGCAGAGAUCCGCAAGCUGGAGGAGGCUCUGGCAAAGCUGGACGGUGAGAACCGCCGCCUGCUCGAGCGAAAUGAAGAGCUACAACUCGCCUACGACGAGGCAGACCGUGAUGCCCGUGAGGCAGAGGCCAUGAAUGGGCACCUUCUGCGGCGAGUCGAAGAAAUGGAGGUGCAGAUCGCCGCGUUGAGACAGUACGAGGCGGAAUUUGACAAGCGGGUCACCUCCAUGCUGGAUGAGAGAGACGAGGCGCUGGCUGCUGCCACGCGCGACAAGGAGGCGAUCCUAUUGAAGGUCAAGGAGCUGCAGGAGGAGCUCGCACUCGCGAGGCGCAGCGUCCCCGGCGAAGCGGCAGAUGCGGCGGAGUUGGCGCUGAUGCUCAAGGAGCGGCAGCUGGAAAUCGAAGACCUCCUGGAUCGGAACGAGGAGCUGGAGCACGACCUGGCCAAAGCUCGCGAGGAGCUCCAGCGAGCACCUCGUCAGGCGCCCACUAGCGCUGGCACUCAGCCCUCGGGUGGCUUAGACCAAACUUCACAAGACCAGUACGAGGAGCGGCUCCGACAUUUCAAGGCGGACGCCCUGGAGAAGGACCAGCGUGUGCUGGAUGCCGAGAAGAAGCUGGAGCAGCUGGCCAGGAGCCUCGGAGCGGAGGGCGUUGUUGCGGAGAACCGGGAGCUCUCCCGGCAGAACGCAGAGAUGAAGCGCCAGGUUGGCGAGGCCAAGCGAGACCUUGCCAACUACCUCUCAGAGGCAGCCAACAUCGUGUACGAGAACGACCUUCUACGCAGCAUCGCCAAUGUGAAGCCAGAGCAGCUCAAGUUAAAGGACUUCAAGCUGAAGGACAAGGUGACCUCAGCCAAGGCAGUGGCCGCCGCGAAACAGAUGGAGAAGGAAGUGGCAGAGCUGGAAGCCGAACGUGGCAAGCUGAAGGCUCGGCUGCGGCAGCUGUCCGAGCUGGCAGCAGAGAAGGUUUCACUGCUCCACAACCUGCAGCCGGAGCAGAUGCUGCAGUUGGAGGAGAUCGCAGCUAGGAUGCGAAAGGGAAAGCUGGAGUUGCCCUUGGACGAUCAGAGCCGACAACUCAAAGAGGAAAGGGACGAGCUCUCAAAGCGGCUCGCUGCAAAGGACCGCGAGGUGGCGGAGCACGUGGACAGGAAGGUGGAGGAGGUCCUGAAGAAGCAAGGCGCCACCAAGGACCUUGAGGCAAAGGUGGCAGCUCUGGAGAAGGACAAUGACAUGCUCCAAUCAUCGCUGGAGGCCUACAAGGCAGGAUACGCCGAGCUAGUCAUGCAGCAGGGCCCGCAAGCUCUGGAGCAGCUGGUCGGAAGGCUGCCUGGUUCCGUGCCGCUUCCUCCAGGCGCCAUGGCGCGGUCUCUGCGGCCACUGCCCCCAGGAGUCACCCCGCCUCCGCCUGGUCCGCCUGCCGGCAAAGGUCUGGGAGCACCGGCAGUCCUGCCGAAGAUGCCAGGGAUGCAGCCGAUGGUGUGGUCAUCUCUGCUGCAGGCUGUACUUCAGUUGCCUGGGGAGCUGUCAGACGGCUCACAGGAGACGGUUUGCUCGCUCUACUGCCAAGUGGUGGAAGCUUUGGAGGAGCUCUCCCGCGAGCGCUCUCUGCGCGAGGGUCUCGCGGAGGAGGUCUCAUCUUUCCAGCAGAGGUUUGAUCGGCUCCUGGCAGAGCAAGAAGUGCUGUACAAGGACUACUUUGCGCAGCGGGAGGAGUGGCUGGCGACGACCCGGAGCCUCGAGGAGCGCUUGCGGCUUCAGGGAGACUUACUAACAGACUGCCAACAAAAGUGCGAUAUCCAAGAGGGCCAGAUGAGAACCUGGCAGCGUCUGACAGAAGGGACGGCGCCCGAGCUUCAAGAGGAGCUUGUUUCUGCCAUGGGCCGCAUUGCGGCACUGGAGCAGAACGAAAGUGUUCUUUCACGCAAGGUCGAGGCUGAAAGACAGGGACACAGCAUUGUGAAGGAGGCCUUCGACAACUUGCAGAAAGACUGCUGCGAGCGAGAAGGCUUCCUGAAGGAGCGCCUUUCCAAGGCGGUGCUGUGGAAGAGGCGCGGAGCGAAUGCCCUGCGCAUCGCGCGCCGGAGGAUCCAGUCCAUGGUGGCCAGCUCUGACUACGAGCGCGUACAGCAGCAGCUGCAGGUGUGCCGCCAGCGUGAGUUCGACCUCUCCAGGAGGCAGACAGAGCUGACCUUGAAGGUGGCCCAGCAGGAAGACAAGCUGCGGGAGAUGAUGGACCUUCAAGAUCGCUGCAGAAGCUUAGAUCAUCUUGUCCGGGAGACGGAGCAGGAGUUCACCGUACUCCGUCGCCGACUCCAGCUCCGAGAACCGCGCUUUGCUGCUGAGGUGGCGCUCUUCACACGCCUGACGGCGGAGCUGCAGCGAACCCUCGGCUUCGUGGGCAGCUUCGAGGCUGCGGCCAGAGCUCUCGGUCUUGCCGAGGCUCGCGUGGCAGGUCUGGGCUUCGAGAAUGGUGCGGCCAUCAAUGUGGAAGCUUCUUUAGAUGAGAAGCUGCGCAAGUUCGACGUGAACAACGAUGGAUUCAUCAGUCUCGGAGAUCUCCGCAAGUUCUUUGAGAGCCUCUCGAUCAAGGUCAAGGAGGACGAGCUGCAGCUCUUGGCCGAAGCCCUGCAUGGGGCACAGUCUCAGGUGACGGCUCCGAGACCGCCGCCCAGUGCCCCAGGCACCUUGAGCCCACCUGCACCGCCGGAGCCAACCGCCGCCGACAAGGUCAAUGUCUCGAUUCUUGGUGUCGUUGGUCGCUUCAGGCUCUAUGGUCUUCGGUCGCUGGAACCAGAGGAGCUUUUCUGGGCAUCCUUCCAAGCACUCCUCUUCCGGCUGCCGGACCAGCCAGAUGCUCAGCAGGUGCUGCGCAAUAGCUUCAUGCGGCUCCGCAACGCUCAGGCCAUGGCGUGGAAUAGUUGCAAUCUUGACAACGCUCUCCUUGUGGUUGACGGUUGCAGUGGCGGCGGCAGUGUUAGCCGUUUCAGUACUUCCGAUAGCAAAGAGCGGCGGAGUUCCACUCUUGAUUUGCUCUUUCCUAUGUAUGUGGUUCCUUUGGACAGGGCGCUCGAGAUGAGUGAAGUCCGCUCGCACGAAGAGCUGCUGGCCGAGAGCUCGCUAAUCCAGUUCGAUGAGUCCAAAGGUCGCGUAAUCUUCGUCUCGCACGAGUGGUCUGGCACCCAACACGCUGACCCAGAAGGGGAGCAGCUGGCAGUUCUGCAGAAUGCCCUGAGGCAUAUGCUCAGAGAAAGGGACAGAGUUCCCAUUGAUGUUACCACGGAGAUUCUGUUUGGACAGCAGCAAGGCCUGAAAACCAGGGAGAUGCACGACCAGCCGCUUUUCAUCUGGUUCGAUUACUGGUGUGUGCCGCAGCUGCAGCUGUCAGUCGCGGGGCUACAAGUAGAGACUGCCCAGCAGAAAGCACUGGACAGCAUCCCGGCAUACGUGGAGAAAUCCUGCUACUUCUUCAUCCUUUGUCCACAUGUCCGCCAUCAGAACUCCGGGCAGCUGCUCAGCAAAAGGACUGGCCCCAAUCCUACUCAGUACAUUAAAUUGAACUUCGCCAAUUCGACUAGCAAUGCACUUGAGAGACUCUGGGGGGUGUAG